AGCCUUAAAUGCCCCCCAUGAUCCGCGCCCUGUUCGUGCGCGCACACGAAGGCGAACUCUACAGUAAGCUCUAAUCUCCCAUCCUAUCAAGCGGGUGCGUGCAUGUCGCGGGAGACAGACUUCCCCUGUGAUUUGAGUUUAUCACCAAUGAUUUUAUUACGGAUUAAUCAGGGCAUCUCUGGCAUAUUCGGAGAAUAAUGAAACGGAGAGAUCCUGCUGUUCUGGUUUCUCUCCAACAACCUGUCUACGCGUGACGCAGGGGGAGGAGGAGGGGGGCAGUCUACUUAAAGCGGGAUUAGCACGAGCCAAACAUUAAAUUCCCCUCCGUUUAGGCUCAGAGCGACUUGUCGACAGAAAACAGGAGGACUUUAGACGGAUCGGGACCUCAGACGAGAGCGCGCGCUCCGGAGCGACAGCAGCGACUAAUCAAUGCAUUCGCCCGAUACUACACUCGCCCUCGGAGCGGAACAGUAGCUCGCAUUUGGUUUUACACGGUCCACUGUGUUAUAUCGUCUCCGAAUGAAAAGCCAUGGGGGAAUGGACCAUUCUCGAGCGUCUCCUGGAGGCGGCUGUCCAACAGCACUCUACUAUGAUCGGGAGGAUCCUACUGACAGUGGUGGUGAUCUUCCGGAUUCUAAUCGUUGCAAUAGUAGGAGAGACCGUGUACGACGACGAGCAGUCCAUGUUCGUAUGCAACACUUUACAGCCGGGCUGUAACCAAGCUUGCUAUGACAAAGCGUUCCCUAUAUCUCACAUCAGAUACUGGGUGUUCCAGAUCAUCAUGGUUUGCACACCCAGUCUAUGCUUCAUCACAUACUCGGUGCAUCAGUCGGCCAAACAUAAGGAGCGUAGAUACUCCAUGGUCUACCUGUCCCUCGACAAAGAUCAUGAUUCAAUGAAACGAGAAGAUAGCAGAAGAUUCAAAAGCACCAUUGUGAACGGAGUACUUCAGAAUACAGAAAACUCCACCAAAGAAUCUGAGCCCGACUGUUUGGAAGUGAAAGAGAUCCCCAGUUCAGCCAUGAGAACUGCCAAAUCGAAAAUGAGACGACAAGAGGGCAUCUCAAGGUUUUACAUCAUUCAAGUGGUUUUCAGGAACGCUCUGGAGAUCGGCUUCUUGGUGGGGCAGUAUUUCCUGUACGGAUUCAACGUUCCUGCCGUGUACGAGUGCGAUCGCUACCCUUGCAUCAAAGAUGUCGAAUGCUACGUUUCGAGACCCACUGAGAAAACUGUGUUCCUCGUCUUCAUGUUUGCAGUCAGUGGGCUCUGCGUGGUGCUCAACCUUGCAGAACUCAAUCACCUGGGCUGGAGGAAAAUUAAAACGGCAGUAAGAGGGGUUCAGGCCAGGAGAAAGUCCAUAUACGAGAUCAGAAACAAGGACUUCCCGCGGAUGAGCAUGCCGAAUUUCGGCCGCACUCAGUCAAGUGAUUCAGCCUAUGUCUAAUGUACCUUCAUGUAGUUCAUCAGAGCAGAGGUGCUCAAUCCUGGUCCAGGAAGACCACAGCUUGCAUAUUUUAGAUGAAACACUCAUUUUUAGUCUGGGAGCCUCUAUUCUAAAUGAAUAUUUCACUCAAAAAUGGCAGUUCUGCCAUUAUUUACUCAACCGCAUGUCAUCCCAAAUCUGUAUGACUUUCUUUUGUGGACCACAAAAGAAGAUAUUUUGAAGAACUUUAUGGUCCAUGCAAUGAAAGUAAAUGGGGUCCAAGUCAAAUACUGGACCCUACUGAGAUUCAUUUUUUUACUUAUGUAUUUCAAAUAUCUUCUUUUUUGGCUUAAAUAAUAACAUCAGGGUGAGUAAACUGUGACAUCAUUUUCAAAUUUGGGUCCCAAUGGCAUCCAAAUUGCAUUUCUGGAGGACUCCAGGACCAGGAUUCGAUUCUUCAAACCACUGCAUCCAAUUAUGUACAAGAAAAGUUAUUUUAUGAGUUGUUCAUCUCACCUGUUUCAUGGUGGGGUCGAUGGUAUUUAUUUGUCUGUUAUGGACAAACAGAACAAACGGACCAAACGUUUGGUUCUUAUCACCAACUGAAGGACACUGAUGCAACCUUUUUUACUGGUCAGAAUGGAAAGCUUGCAAUGAGUUUUCAACAUUUAUUUCUUCGUUCACACAAUCAGUGGAACCUGAAAUAUGUUUUGCACUAAAUAUGGAUUUAAAGGAGCCAAAACAAAUCCGAAUUGUGCUGUGAAGGUCUUUUGUUUCAUUAUAUUGUAUUCUCAUUCUGGUUUUAGACCGCACAUGUGAUAGUUUCAGUUUACUCACCGCAACCAGUUCGACUGCAGACACAUGUGUUUAUCUGUACUAUAUGAAUCAUAUCUCUCUUUCGACUUAGAUAGAUUGCCAUCUUUAAUGUUUCGAUUGCCUGUGCUUGCACCACUGACCUUAACGUGAGUUAUUGUUCUGGUAUAUAUUUAAGCUGACUUGCAGAUCAGUAGCCGGUGAACUGGCCAAUGCUGCAAAAUGUCUAUCUUUUGUAUUUAUUUAUUCAUUAAUGUAUUGGAUUUAUUUAUUUAUUUUUGACACCAAAGCGCCCGUUGCUUUCAUUUGUGGAAAACAGAUACAUUGCUUUUAUGUA